UCUGGUCACUACCAUAACCAGACGUCAGUCGGAAAAACCCAACACAGGAAGAUAACUUCGUAUUUCUCUUCUUCCUUAAUUUGGUUUCUUAUUGAAACCAGAGGAGCUUUUUUUUCUUUGUUUCUUGAAUUGAAGCAUAACCAGAUUCAGAUUAUCAGACAUGGGUGUCAAAGGUUUUGUUGAAGGCGGUAUAGCUUCCAUUGUAGCUGGCUGCUCAACUCAUCCUCUGGAUCUCAUCAAGGUCCGCAUGCAACUCCAAGGCGAGAAACUCACGGCUUCAAACGCCAACCCAGCUCCCACUCUGCGACCGGCUCUUGCUUUUCACUCUGCGAAUACAACUGCCACUCUGCUUCCCCAUGAUUCAAUCCGCGUAUCGCCGCCGCCGCAACCGCCGCGAGUGGGUCCAAUCUCUGUAGGCGUCCGCAUAGUCCAAGCUGAAGGCGUCGCCGCUUUGUUCUCCGGCGUCUCCGCUACUGUGCUCCGGCAGACGCUCUACUCCACUACCCGCAUGGGUCUCUAUGACGUCCUCAAGCAAAAGUGGUCCGACCCGGCAUCCGGAAACAUGCCCCUGACACGCAAGAUCGUCGCCGGCCUAGUCGCUGGAGGAAUCGGGGCGGCCGUCGGAAACCCCGCUGACGUGGCUAUGGUUAGGAUGCAAGCUGAUGGACGGCUCCCACCGGCUCAGCGGCGCAACUACAGCGGCGUGGUCGACGCGAUCACGCGCAUGUCGAAGCAGGAAGGGGUCACUAGCCUGUGGCGCGGGUCAGCCCUUACGGUAAACCGCGCUAUGAUCGUAACGGCGUCGCAGCUGGCAUCUUAUGAUCAGAUCAAGGAGGCGAUUCUGGAGAAAGGAAUAAUGAAGGAUGGGCUGGGGACCCACGUGACAGCGAGCUUCGCGGCGGGAUUCGUGGCUGCGGUGGCGUCGAAUCCGGUGGACGUGAUCAAGACACGCGUGAUGAACAUGAAGGUGGAGCCAGGACAGGCCCCACCUUAUAGUGGAGCCAUAGAUUGCGCGUUGAAGACAGUGAAGGCUGAGGGACCCAUGGCUUUGUACAAAGGGUUUAUACCAACGAUCUCCAGGCAAGGUCCUUUCACUGUUGUGUUGUUCGUGACACUUGAGCAGGUUAGGAAGUUGCUCAAGGAGUUAUGAGAAGAUCUUAGGGCUGUGUUACAGAGGAAGAAGAAGAUGAUGACGAUAACUAUCUAGCUUGAUUUGGUUAAUGAUAAAUAUUUGUUUGUAGCAAGUCAUGAACUGACGACUUUUAUUCUUUUUUAAUUUUAUUUUUAUCUGGAAUUGAUGCUUUUGCUAGAACAAGAAUAUAUUCUGGUGGAAUAGAAUAAAGAAUACGAGUUGUUGUUCAUGA